AUGACCGUCGCAACAUUCCAAGAUGCGCUGAAUCAGUCCGAUGCAUCCGAACGGCAGAACAACCAGGGUGGCCGCGGUGGUGGUGGUGGCGGUGGCGGUAGUGCCCCGAUGACGCUUCCCUCCGUGGAAACCACCGACGCCAGCUCGAGCCAAGUGGACCGCAAACUGACGGAAAUUCAGCAGUUCUACGACCGGUGCAAUGUCUUCAUCACCGGCGGUACCGGGUUCCUGGGGAAAACUCUAAUCUACAAACUGCUCACCAGCUGCCCAGGAGUGGAAAACAUUUUCCUGCUGAUACGAAGCAAACGGGGAAAGGAUAUUUUCUCUCGAGUGGAAGAAAUUUUCGAAGAUGCCAUGUUUGAUAAAAUGAAGCAAGCCUGCCCAAAGUAUGAUCACAAAAUCCGAGCCAUCGCCGGUGACUGUAUGCUGCCCAACCUCGGUAUCAGCUCGUCCGACCGGGAGCUCCUCAUAGAAAAUGUAAAUAUCGUCUUUCAUCUGGCCGCUACGGUGCGAUUCGACGAGAAAAUGAAAAUCGCCAUGCAAAUCAACGUGAAAGCCUGCCGGGACAUUCUGGACCUGUGCUACGAGAUGAAACACCUCAAGUCCAUCAUCUAUGUGUCCACCGCGUACACCCAGUGCCCGCAGAAGGAGGUCGAUGAGCGGUUCUACGAGCCACCGAUCGACUCCAAGAAGAUGAUCAGCCUCACCGAUUGCGUUAGCGACGCGAUGAUGGAAAACAUCACGCCAAUCUUGCUGGACAAGUGGCCAAAUACCUACACAUUCACAAAGGCGAUCGCCGAGGACGUCGUACGACAGAACAGCCGGGGUAUGCCGAUCGGCAUGUUUCGACCGGGUAUCGUCAUAGCUACCUAUCAGGAACCAGUACCAGGAUGGAUCGAUAAUUUCUACGGACCGACAGGGGUGAUUGCGGGUGCCGGAACGGGAGUACUACGAACACUUCGAGCAGAUCCCGCGAAGGUGGCCAAUAUGGUACCGGUGGAUCUAUGCGUAAAUGGUAUCAUUUCCGCCGCCUGGGAUAUUGCCGAACGAUUCCAAAAAGAAAUUAUGCCCGAUCCGGAAAUACCAGUUUACAACUUCUGUACGGAAAAGUGCAACUGUAUUACCUGGAAUGACUUCACCUAUACCACAAUCAAGUUCGGAUCUAUGUACCCCACGAUGAAGUCUAUCUGGUAUCUGUGCUACUACAACAAUCCGAAUAGGAUCAUGCACUUCCUGGCGGUUCUGUUUCUGCACUAUGCUCCAGCGAUAUUCUUUGACGUAAUCGCAUUGUUUAUUGGACGAAAACCAAGACUCAUGCGCACGUACAAGAAAAUCCACCGCUUCAUGGACGUUAUCGAGUACUUCUCCAUGCGCCAAUGGGAAUUCAAAAUGGAAAAUAAAAACGCAUUGUGGCGGAAAUUGUCACUGGCGGAUCAGAAACUUUUCUUCUUCGACAUGCGUCAAAUCAACUGGGACUUCUUCCUGGAGCAGUACUUCUGCGGCAUCCGACAGUACCUGAUGAAAGACCCGCUGGAAACCGUCCCGGAGGCACUGGUCCGAUGGAAUCGUCUCUACUGGCUGCAUCAGGCUGUCAAGGUUAUUGUGCUACUACUGGCAUACAAGCUGCUCUCCACGGUUUGGGGCUUCAUCUUUAGCUAG